UCACAACACUAUCAUUGGUUAAGCGGAACCGGUACCACGUUGUCCGGGUAUCGUAAAAUCGAUACAGGAAUUUAUGGUUUUGUUCGCGAGGGAACGAUACUAUCGGUCGUGGUGUAUUGUUAGCUGUUUCGUGGUAGGGAGGAGGUCGACCGUGGAAUGGGUGUACGGUGUUAUCGAAGCAGCCAUUUCGUCGCGAAAGAUGUCCGAUGCGACCGUAUUUAGGGCGUUUUGAUUCGAUUUAAUACAGUUUUUUAAGUGUUUCGACCAGUUCGCGACCGGAAAUCAACAAUGAUGCAGCAACAGGUGUAUCAGCAGGAGCAACAAGGAGCUCAAGAUCAGGGCCAGCAAAUGGUGCUAUGUCCUGUAAGGCUGGUGUACGAGACACAGAUGCUGGUGCAACCAGGUGACCAAAUACAGCCAAAUCAAACGAUACUCAUCAACCAUCAAAACACACCGCCUUGGAUACAAAACAGACAAGUGCAAAACCAAGUAAUCUACGUCCAACAUGUGCCAACGAAUUAUAUGCCUUCACACCAACAACAUAUAGACCAGAACCAAUUGUACAUCCAGAAUUAUGGAUAUCAAAACGUGCCACAAAUGUUCGUCCAAAACCCCCAAGAACAAAUACGGCCGUUACAAAUGAUGCCAAAUAUGGUACAAAACAUGCAAGCACUGCCAGCAAACAUUGGUGCAAUACAGAAUCAGAGAAUGGUUUCAAACGUAGCACCAAUGCAACAACAAGUCAACAUAGUUAAUACCCAAAAUCAAAAUAUGAAUAGACUGAUAGCACCUAAUCAAAUAAACCCAAACGAACUAAUAAACAAACCUCAAGAAAUAACACAGCAAGUUUACAGACAUCAAAUGCCACAAACAGUCCAACAAGAACAAAGGUUUCCAAUGCAACAAACAAUAGCCAUGGUUCCAAAUAAUGUACAAAACAUACAGAGAGUUCCUCAAACAUUUGACCCAAAUGUUAGCCAAAUACGACCAAUGCAACAAAAUAUUGCACCAAACAUACAACAAGCAUAUCCAAAUACUAUAUUCAAUGUCGAUGAAAGCAGAAAAGUCAAUACAACUGUAAGUAAAGGAACCAAUCCUAUGAAUCACAAUGUAGUUCACCCCAUUCCUGCUGCCAAAAGUUUGCCUCAAACGUAUAGACCAAUCCAACCAAGGACACACCAAGUUAGGAAUAACGGACCUAAUUUACUUCCUAUGCAGGUUACGACAAGUAUUCAAGCUCAGCACACGAUGCCAAAUAUAAUAUCAAUGAAUAAUGUUCCUAGAAAAAUAAUGCCAGUACCCGUAACGAAUGUGAAUACGACUCUUAGUAAUGUAAAAAUUGAAGGUAACAAUUUCCUGUUCAAUAGAAAAAGAAAAAGUGAAUCGCCUGAUGAAGUACAUAAAAAAGUUUCAAAUAACAAUCAAACAGAGGCUCCUGUUGUUAUAAAACAGAUACAAAAUGAAUCAUACACUAUGAAUAGUUCAGCAGAUGUCGGGGUUAAUACGAGUCCCAUACACAGACCUUCUGGGAGGAUAACGAUUAAUAACAUGCAAAUAACUCCUUUAAACCCUAACGUUCCUAAUUCAAAAUUAAUAGAGGAAUUAGCUAAACCAAUCCGAAGUAACACACAUAGUAUACAAACAGAAACUCAGAAUGUUGUUAGAAAUAUGACUAAUAUAGUUCCAGAGAAUGUAACUGAAAUGGUACCGACUGAAAAAGAAAAGUUAGUUAGGAACACAGUUUAUGUACAAGCUAGAGGUAGAAUACUGACUGAUAAAGAUACUACUAUCCCGGAACCGCCUAAAAUUGAAACAAUAGUCAAACCCCCUGAACCAAAUGUAACAUUGCCUACAGUAAAACCCAAAAUCGAAACAGUAAUAAGCAAUCCUGAACCCAAAGUAACGAAAAUUGAAACAAUAGUGAACCAUCCUGAACCAAAUAUAUCUAUGCCGCUAUUAAAUGAAAAACAACCAGAAAAGAAUCAAGAAACAGUUAAAGAAACACCAGUAAUUAAAAAAGAAACAAGUACAGUAGUAAAAAUGCCAGUUAAAGUUGAAGAGAGUAAAAGUAAAAUAAAAAUAGAAGUGAAACAAGAAAAAAGUGAUAACGCAUCAAUGGAGCCGCCUAAAGAGGUUGUUAAAAUUAAAACUGAAUCCAAACCAGACGUUAAAGUUAAAGAAGAAUCUUCAGAGGCAGUUAAAGAAGACAGAGGAUAUAUACUAACGCAUGUUCUUGGUGGUUUUGUUAUUCAAGAAUCCAAUAUCGCAUUCCCGAUAAGAAAACCACUAAAGGAAAAGACCCUAUUCAACAAUACUGAAGAAUCAAAGAGAGAGAAUAAAGACAUGAAAAGAGAUAGAGAAUUUGUAAAGGAUAACAGUAAAAUUUUAGAUAUUUCCCAUCUCAAUAUACAGGAGUGUGAGAAUAUGGAGGCCGAUACAGAUGACAGCAAAACGAUUGAUGAAAAAGAUAAUCCAUUUAGACUGUUGAAACCAAGUGAAGUCCGGACUUGGACGGCGGAACAGCUGGCAACACACUUGGCGAAAUACAACUGGACUGAAACGGUAUCAGUGUUGCAAGACCACGAACUGGACGGGGAAUCGCUAUUACUGGUGUCGAAGGCUCAAUUAGUGACUAUAGGGGUUAAGGAGGACCAUGCGGAAAUUAUAUGCGAAUUUGUUAAGAGCUAGUCGGAAAAUGUACAAUAUAUUAGCUACUUUUUAUCCCGCAAAUCUCAAGAGUUCCCACGGGAUUUUUAAAAACCUAAAUCCACAAGGACGAAGCCGCGGCUACCAGCUAGUAAUAUUACCGGCUACAAAUAUUGUAAAUGUGAUCCUGAACUACACACAAUUGUUGGUUUGUCCCCCAAUCACGCAGCAACGGAGCAACGGAUCGAUAUGAUUUUUUGCAUGGAUAUAGCUAGAGACCUGGAGAGUGACAUACGACAUUUUAUCCUGAAAAAUUAGUUCUGAAAAAGUUUCCACAGAAUUUUCAAAAAACUAAAUUCAAGCGGGCAUCAUCUAAUUUAGGUAUAUUUAGAUUUUUAUAGUUUCAGGAUUCAAACUCAAAAAUUUACACUCAAAGCUGAGAAUUUUAUGAAAAAUAUUUUUUGAGCCUUACCUCUAAGUACAUCACAUAAUAUUUUUAUAUUAUAUAUAGUCUGUUUUCCUCAUCUUGCAAAAAAGGUAAACAAGUAUCUUCCCGCUAAAAUACGUAAGAGGCGCAUACGACCUUGUAGAAUAGAAUAGAAUAGAAUAGAUUUUUAAUCAAAUAAACUUUUACAAGUGCUUUUGAAUUGUAACCGCUGACUGACAAUGAAACUAUGAUACAAGUGAAAAUCUAACUCCAGAAGGUCUAAAGCACCAGGCAAAUCGCGUCGCUUACGCGUUUCUCCGAGAAGGAUUCUUCUAUCUUUCAAGCAAACUAAGAAAAAACCAACUAUACUAUCCAAUUUUU